GUCGUUUGUCAGGUAUAAUGUACUUUAAUGUUUGAUUUGUUGAGUUUUGCCUUUUGGCAUUUUCUAAUUUAUUAAAUUGAGUCUGCUUUCAUAUAAUUUUAUUCGGAAAAUUGGAUGUAGUGAACUUUAAUGUGUAAAAUGUUGUUUUAACCUUGGAUCGGAUCACUGUCACCGCUCAUUUAAAUCAAGAAUGGCUGUAAUGUUAAAAUAUAUAAUUGCCGGUUUAGUAAGAUAUUGGCUUAUACAUACGGAAUACUGGCAAACUAUUGCGAACAGAGUUGAAAUAGCGACACCUUUAAACUCAUGGAAGAGAUUAAUAGAAGGGGUUUACCUAUAUGAUCAUGGAAUAAAUCCAUAUGAAGGUGAUUCCUUUCAUGAAUCUCCUAUAAUGCUUAUAUUCUUUCACUUUUUACUGAAAUAUGCCCCUUUUGUAUUACCGGUAUUAUUUACUCUUGUUGACAUGCUCACAGCAUACUUUCUGUAUAAAACAUCUAAGGCAUUUGUUCAAAUACUUCAAAGUAACCAAGAGAAAACCAAGAAAACCAUAGCAGAGGACUCCAAGGCGUUGCUUUUGGAUGAUACACAUUUGAAUGAAGUUCCGGAAUAUGUGCUAUCUGUGUAUUUAUUCAACCCUUAUUCUGUACUUAAUUGUGUUGGAAUGACUACAACAGUAAUACAUAAUCUAUUAGUCGCUGUGUCCCUAUGGGGCGCAGCAAGUGGACACAGGCUUUUAGCAUGUUCUUUUAUUGCUCUAGCUACCCACCAAGCCCUAUAUCCAAUUACUCUUAUUGUGCCAAUAUCAAUAUUAUUAGCAGAUGUCAACAAAGGUUGCAAUAAAUGCUCAUAUAUAAGGACACUUCUAGUUUUUGUUGUAUGUUGGGGAUUUUUGAUCUUCAUAUCAGCAUACAUUAUGGAUGGUUCAUAUAGUUACGUUUAUAAUACAUAUGGAUUUAUAUUAAAUGUUCCAGACCUGAAACCAAACAUUGGAUUGUUUUGGUACUUCUUUACAGAAAUGUUUGAGCAUUUCAGAUUAUUAUUUGUAUGUGCGUUUCAAAUAAAUGCAUUAAUUUUAUAUGUUGUGCCAUUAACACUGAGAUUUAAGAAAGAGCCUGUACUGUUAGCUACAGUUCUUAUUGCACUUUCAACUAUAUUCCGAUCAUAUCCUUGUAUUGGAGAUGUUGGUUUCUAUUUGGCUCUAUUACCUAUGUGGAAGCAUUUAUUUACAUUUAUGCAGCAGAAGUUUAUAGCUGGUUGUGCAUUUAUCAUCACAUCUGCACUUGGUCCCACAGUAUGGCAUCUAUGGAUAUAUUCAGGAUCAGCAAAUGCAAACUUUUUCUUUGGUGUCACCCUAUCAUUUGCAACUGCACAAAUAUUCCUCAUCACAGAUUUAAUGUUUGCUUAUUUGAAAAGGGAAUUCACAUUAAAACAUGGCUCAUCUCGUCAAGUUGAUGGCAAACCAGCAAAAUUGGUCUUGAGAUAACUUAUUACAUUGGAUAGUUCUAUAACUGAUUGUUCAUUGAAAUAUUACCAAACAAAUGGGUUUGUUUGAUGAUAUCAAAUAUAAAAUGAUGUCCUAGGGCUAAUGCAUUUAUUUUAAUUUUUGAUGUGAAUGUGUUUAGUUAAAUGUUUUACUUAAUAAACUAUAGACCAAUGUGUGAAUCAAGACUUAUAAUGUAAAUAUAUGUAAAGCUAUGAUUUAAAAUAAUAUUUAAUUAUGUAAAGUCAUCUCAUUGCUACAUGCCAUGGCUGUUGUCUAUUCCAAUUAUAUUAAUUGUUGAUGAACAAACAUAAUAAAUAAUAUAAAAUAUAUUGCCCCCUUGGGUUUUUGAAUAACAUAAUCCUGUUGCAAUUUGUAAAUGAUGAGGUAGAAUCAAAAUUAAUAAAGUACAUUAAAAUUUGAGAUUAUUUUACCCAUAAAUACCCCAAAGCUAAAAUUUGAUUAUAUACUAUUUAUUUAGAACAUGUUUCAUCUUACUAGCUUUUAUAUUUAUUACAAUAAUCGAGGUACAUAAUGUAAUUUUACUCUGUCAUCUUGAAUUACUCUCAACUAUAUAUUCAUCGUUUUUGCAUGGUCUACAUUGUCAUUUGAAAGCUUUGGAAGAAUAAUUUGGAAUACUAUGAGAUAAUUUUUACUAUCGUGUAAGAUGUGCACACCAAUAAUACUAUUAUUUUGUGUGUAGUAUUAUAAAUAAGCUUGAGCCAUACAUUAUUUUAUCGAAACAUUUCAUAUUUUUCAUCACAAAUUAUAACAUGUGAGGUAUUGUGUGUUUUCAGUUAGCAUUUGCUUUGCAUUUAUAAAAUAAUAAUUUAUGACACUAAUUGGAAAAUGAAAUGUAAUUUAUUUAUUUAUGUAGGGAUUAGAUAUUAUUGUUGGUUGUAAUAUAUUACUUUCUAUUAGUAAGAUGACAUUGAUAUCUGUUCGUAAUGUAAGUACAUUUUAUGAUGAACAAUCUAUGAAAAUUUAUAAUAACGUUGAAGUAUCUAGCUAUUUUCAAUAAUUACUUUAAACAGAGUAGAUUUCGAUAUUCCAACAGAUUGUAUGAUCAUAAUGAAAUAAUGUUACCUUGACUAGAAUAACAUAUUCUCUCAUAAAAAUGUUACAUAGAUGCAAAGCUAGGCAAAUUCUAUGAUUAUGUUUUCCAUAUGAAAAUGUGUUUGCGUUAAUGUAAUUCAUACGGUUUUAUAAAAUAAUAAAGUAUUUUUACAGUU